CGUUUCAAUUUGACGUGGCAGGCUGUUAUUGGAGGGGACAAACAACAUGGUUUAUGCAAGGUCCUGUAGAAGUUUAAGCCUUUUGGCGCGACUUUUUCGGUUUCAUUUUGUGUUUGUUUCUUAAAAGUUUGCAAUACUUGGGAUAAUCACAAACAUCACGUAAUGGCACAACGUCAAUCCAUUCUUUAAUCGCCGACGAAUCUCUCAAACCAGUUCCCCUGUGUCGCUGAUCGGAUUCCGGGUAUUCAAGAGGAAGAGAUAACCCAAGCUUCGUGUUCAUUAGGUUUUAGCUUCAGUUACUCUUUCCUCAACUUCGUGCUACAGAGGCGGAUGAUUCUUCAUUUUUAUCUCUCACAAUGCUGCAAUGGAUGGGAGGGUCGAGGCGCAAAGUUGCCACUUCAAGGAAGUCGACAUACAAGAGGCAAAAGCAAUACUUUGAGCAAAGGAGACGACAACAACAACAGCAGCAGACAGCCGGGUCAGAGAGCUACGGUGAUGGAAUGAGCACAUGUAGCCAACAUCAAAAUGAACACCGGUCCUUGGAUGUUCUCAGUUUGCUAAACUGGUCAACAGUUUCUCAAGAAUGCAGUUCUGCUUGCCCUAGUGGAAAGGAAGAUCUUGAAGUUAAUCGUUCAACGGUGAAGAAUGAUUUCACAAAAGGCCCAUCAACAAACGUUACCCACACAGUUAUCCUUGCCGACUCUGUCAAGUUUAAGGAAGCAGGAAGUCCAUCGCAUUGCCAAGUGGAUGCUGCAUCUCCAAAGAAGGCUUCACUUAGUUCCCAUGAUGAUAAUAGCACUAUUUUCAAUGGAACUGGUGCGAAACUUGAUCACUGGAAGAUAGCUACCGAGCAGCAGUCAUCUGUUCUUGAUUUGCUUGGUGAUGAUGAGACAAAGGGCAAUAUGGAAAGAAGUCCAAUGCAGGAAGCCCAUGUUGCAUUUUCAGUUGAAGGUUUGGGCAAAGUGGGAACGGAGACACCAGUCCAUUCACCACGACAACCUGGCAGAUACUGUUCUCUUGGUUGCUCCUCACCUUUGAAGGCUGCAAGGGAUCUAAAUAUGUUGAACAACCAUAACCAUCUGCUGGAUGACCUUGAACUAGAAGUGGAUGCAUUAAUGCAAGAUAUCAAUGUGCCCCGAAUUGGCAGUUCUUCAGAGUUUUCAUCAGGCAUAAUGCAUUCAUAUAGUGAUCCCAAGCAGAAAUUAGCUGCUGUCAGAGACUACAGGCAACAUUACGGCCAUGGUAGUGAAAUCAAUGGUUUGUUUGGUGACAGAAGAAUCUUUUAUGACCGUGAAAACACCAGAGAAGGUAUAUGGGAUGCUAGGUCUUGCUUCCUAGAUGACAACUUCCUUGAUGAGAGGGAAUGUGAUGUAUCUUGGAAAAACUGGCCAUCUGAAAGAGAUGGUAAAUCUCUGGAUUUUUGGAAAUAUGGAAACGCUGAAAUGUCGGAUUACAAUUUUGAUGGCCCACAUCUACUGAAGAAAAGGGAUGCUGCAUUAGCAAUGGACAGAUUCGACAUCUUAGAGUCAACUGCUUCAUUUUACAAGAACCAAACAACAGAAAUUGAUCUUGACUUCAUGAUUCCCAAUGGGGCAAGUCAAUCAGAUUGGUUUUGCUUUGCAACAGAAGAUGCAAGAGAUAAUAUGAGCAUGCUGAGCGAAGAGUCGUGCUCAUCAAGUGCAGUUAGGGGCAAGGCAACCAAUAAUUCAAAACAGAACUCAGCAGCAGGACAGAGCAGAAGACACAGCAAUGCUUUCUAUAACCCCCCAAAAAACUAUGGCGUGAAGAACAUUUUUGCCAAAGAGUCGUGGCAUGAGAGCAGGAAUGAUAUUGGACAAGGAAAUGAUGUGGGUGGGUCAGGCAAAUUUACAGAUGUGUCAAAUCCAUCAAAGUCAAUACCAUCCCAUCACUCUAACACCCCUCUCCAGGAGAAAUUAGGUCCAAAUAACAGUUGGUUUUAUGAGAAAGGAUAUAGUACGGCUAAAAUGAAUUCAGGUUUCAGUCCUUUCUCUCGAAAUUCAGAGAAAAAAUCUCUAUUCUCAGGCUCCAAGCUUUGGACUGAAGAUCCUUCCAGUGAACUUUUAGUUCCUGGAUCAGAUUUUGAUGCCAAAUCUUCUUUUGAUAGAACUAAACAUGGCGAAUAUUUGGCAUGUUCACCUUCUGGCAGUUUCAUCACUGAAAAAUUCACAGUUCAUGAUUCCCCUAUAUUCUCAAAGGUUGAGUUUGGGGCAAACACGCCAGAUUUUUCUCGAGAUUCUAAAUUGAAAGGCACGCCUGAUUCUUCCCAUCUGACUGGUUCUCAUAGUGAGACACACUUUCCUCAAAUAUCAGCAGAGGAAAGUGCAAGCAAAGAUGUGGAAAGUAAAUUACAAAUCCAGCCAGCCGAAAAUGAAAAAUUGGAGCUCAUGCAAGAAAUUUGCAUCGGCAAUGGCUUGUUUUCAGAGAAUAAAAAGGCCGUAGAUGCUUCAAGCUCCAGGAGCAACACUUGUGGAUGCAAGGAAGCAAAAUAUGAAGCACCAGAAAUAAUGCAGAAUCUAAAAACUACACGUUCUCCUGACCAUGCAGAGCAGGCAUCAACAUCUCUAUUGAUCUCUGACAAAGUUAAAAGCAUCAUAGAAGAACAAGAACAUCAUAAUGACGAUGAAGCGACCCUUCCAUAUCAGAAUGGGAAUAAAGAAAUACAAUACAUUUUUGGGCCUCAGGAAAGAAGGAUAAUAACAAAGACAGAGAGUAACUGUGACAACUCAUCUUGUCAGGUGAUGAUGCUUCAAAGCUAUGUCCUUCAGCUUCUUUGCGCGCAGAAGAUACUGAAGGAUGCAUCUGCACAGGACACCACAAAGAAGGUAUGACACCUUCACAUCGGAUAGAAUUGGGGAUUCUUUUCAAACUCAUGGAUGAACAAUCAGAAAACGAUUUUUCCUGCUUUGUUUCCAUACCCUACAGUUCCACAAAUGGUCAAGAAGGUUACUUGUAACUUAGCAGUCUAGUGACACAAUUUAAGUUUUUCUUUUGGUUGUUCCGAACUUCCUAUCUGAUAAAAAAACAAUAGCCUUUUGAGCAAUCCAGAGAGCGAAAGCCACAGGCAUGUGCUUAAUUCUAUAUAUAUAUAGCAAAGGAGUUUCAGAGGA